AUGAACAACCGCCUGGAAUGGGAUGCAUCUAGCACCUUCCUCGAUCAUCCACAGCAGCAGCGACUGCAUGCAUCAUUCUCGCCGUGGCAGAAGGCUAUCACAACGAUCGCUCUCCUGAUAUUGGGCUACUAUGUGCUCAAUUUCUUCGAUGCAUGGCCGGACACCAUCAGGCGGACACUUUAUGAAGUAACCAUCUAUCUCAUACCCUCUCCAGCUAUAUACGCGCUGCAAUCGAUAAUGCAUCGGUACUCAGGUGCUAUAGACGACACAACCCGCUUCAGGAAGUCAGAAUUUGGUAAUCAGCGAGCCAAAGCGGAGGCCAUUCAGCGCAUCCUUGGUCAUACUCCCUUUCCGACCGCCCUUCUAAAAGCGAGAAGUCUUUCAGGACUGGAGACAAUACUCCCUGUAAGCAAAGAGCUAGGACCCCCAGGGCUGGGCAAUUGGGACAAUUCGUGCUACCAGAACAGCAUCCUGCAGGGCUUCGCAUCUUUGCCCGCGUUUCAAGAAUACAUCGAGAAAAGCCUGACCAUUUGCGAUGAUUUGCAAGUUCCUGCCGCCACGCACAAAGCGCUGGGCCAUUUUCUACGUCAGCUUGGGGAUGCUUCGGCAAGGAAGACAACCCUGUGGACACCAACUGUGCUGAAAUCGAUGGACAGCUGGCAACAGCAAGACGCCCAGGAAUACUUCUCACGAGUGGUUGAGGCUGUUGAGAAAGAAGACAUGAAAUGCUUUCAGGUGCUCAAGAAACGAUCGCAUAAUGGUCUCGGGUUGCCGACCGAUGGCAGUCCAGCAGAAAACGAGAGCGCGCAGAUGCUGGAGAAAGUAUCUCUGGAUGACAACUCUUGGAGCCCGGUACCCAAAUCCCAUGUCAUGUCCAAACCGGACCGCAAGCUACUAGAGAUUCUUCCGAGGAGUUCGAUGGACGGCAUGCUUGCGCAAGCACUUGAAUGUCAAACGUGUGGCUUCUCGGAAGGUUACUCGCUCACCCAAUUCAAUUGCCUGACGCUUAAUCUUGGACUACGCGGGCACUCGUACCUCGAAGAUCUGCUCGAUGAGUACACAGAACCGGAGAUGAUUGACGGUGUCGAGUGUACCGAAUGUACAAAAGCGAUUGCUAAUUGCAAGGACGGAGAAGAUGCUGUCGACGAUGAUACUCCAUCACCCUCCAAACGGCCCAAGCUUAAGCCAGUGCAUCGGACGAAGGCAAAGCAGAUCACCAUUGGGCGCCUACCAAAGAACCUGAUUCUCCACAUCAAUCGAAGCAUAUUCGACGAGUACGGCACUCAGCGCAAGAACAACUCGCUCAUACGCUUCCCAGCCCGGCUUGAUUUCCUGAGUCGUUGGUGUGCUCCACUUGCUGUCAACGAGAACUCAGUACAGAGGUCGUACGAACUGAAGUGCUCGGUUACGCACUACGGACGGCACGAGAAUGGCCAUUACGUGGCUCUUGGAAGACGUGACAAAGAUUGGUGGGUGUUUAACGAUGAAGUCGUGACCAAGAUGAGUCAAGAUGAGGUCCUGAGUCGCGGAAAUGUCUUCAUGCUGUUCUACGAGGCCAUAGACACUUCAUCGCUACGCGACCAGACAUCACCAGUUCCAACGUCUGAGGAGGUUGACUCGGUCACGGAGUUGGUCCAACGUCCUUCGGAGAGCACUGGGAGUUCCGACUCCGAGCCUCUCACUCUGCCAGAACCACCUGAGCCAAUCAAGCCCAUUCCUCCAAUGCGGACCGCCAGUGACUCUAUAAGACUACCCGAUGAACAUGAGGUAGCUCCAUCGGCAGCUCCUGUUGCCGCGCUUUGA